CGUACUUUUUCCAAGGGAUUUGAUCGGUGCUGGAGCCCCACAUCGGAAGUCCAUGUCUCCUGCGCUGGCCCGGUCGGCUCCCAGUGAGCUCAACCACUGGUGGAGUCAGCUGAAGUUUCGCCUUCAGAACAAGAAAGGAUGGAACGAGAUGCUGGAUGAGACCUUUUUGCAGCACACCAAGUCCUCUAAUGACAUUCCUCUAUUCUACGCCGCAAUGAGGAACAACGCGGGCUGCAUCAAGAAGCUGCUCGGCUGCUCUUCCACCAACGUCUUUGAGAGAGGUGCUCUGGGCGAGACGGCGCUCCACGUGGCCGCCAUGAACGACAACCUGGACGCCGCCAUGGCCUUGAUGGACGGCGCCCCCGAGCUUAUCAACGAGCCCAUGACCUCGGACCUCUUCCAAGGUGUUACUCCCCUCCACAUCGCUGUGGUAAAUCAAAACUACAACCUGGUCCAUCACCUGGUUAGUCGCGGGGCUGAUGUGGCCACGCCCAGAGUGACAGGCCUGUACUUCAAGAAGCGGAUCGGAGGACUUAUAUACUACGGCGAACACAUUCUUUCUUUUGCGGCAUGCGCCGGCAACGAGGACAUCAUCUCCAUGAUCGUGGACGCGGGCGCCAGCACCAGGGUCCAAGAUUAUCGUGGUAACACAGUGCUUCACAUUUUAGUCCUGCAGCCCAACAAGACAAUUGCAUGUCAGGCCAUUGACCUGAUCAUGGCCCGCGAUGCGGAGCUGGACCAGUCGGUUCCGCUUGACAUGGUGCCCAACUCCCGAGGCCUCACGCCUUUUAAACUGGCCGCCAAAGAAGGAAACACAGUGGCCUUUCAGCACCUGGUGAACAAAAGGCGUUUAGUCCAGUGGAGUCUGGGACCUUUGACCUCUCACCUGUACGACCUCAGCGAGAUCGACUCAUGGGCCGACAACAUGUCAGUGCUGGAGCUGAUCGUGGGCAGCCCCCAAAAAGAGGCCAGAAGAAUACUGGAGGUGACCCCGGUGAGGCAGCUCGUCAGCCUCAAGUGGAACCUGUACGGAAAACAUUACUUCAGACUCCUGAUGGUUUUCUACCUGCUCUACAUUGGAAUGUUCACGCUUUGUUGCACAUAUCGCCCCAUAAAGGACGCCCCGGAGAAUUACACGGAUUCAGAUAUGGACAAAACCAUCAGAGUGCAGAAAACACUCCAUGAGAGUUAUGUAACAUACAAGGACAGCCUCCGUCUGGUAGGAGAAAUCAUCAGCGUCCUGGGAGCUUUAGUCAUCCUGCUGAUGGAGAUCCCUGACAUCCUCAGAGUGGGAGCGAAACGCUACUUUGGUCAGACAGCGCUGGGAGGCCCCUUCCACGUUAUCCUUGUCAGCUACGCGUGCCUGGUGGUUCUGUUGUGUGUGUUCAGAGCGUGCAGUGUACAGGGCGAGGCCGAGGUCAUGGCUGUGUGUUUGGUGCUGGGCUGGACUAAUGUCAUGUUCUUCGCCCGUGGUUUUGAAAUGCUCGGCCCGUACGUCAUUAUGAUCCAGAAGAUUAUAUUUGGAGACCUGACAAAAUUUAUGUGGCUGAGUGUCAUUGUACUUCUUGGUUUUUCAACUUCCCUGUGGAUGGUGUACAUGACUCAGGAUCCUGAAUCCAUCCCGGCCUAUCGCUCCUUCCCCAUCACGCUCUUCUCCCAGUUUGAGCUCAGCGUGGGCCUCAUCGACCUGCCAGUGGACCACACCUUCACCACGCCCCCUAUCGUCCACGUGCUGCACUGCGCCUUCUCCGUGGUGUCCUACAUCCUUCUGCUCAACCUGCUGAUCGCUAUGAUGAGCGACACCCACUGGCGGGUGGCCCAGGAGAGAGACGAGCUCUGGAGGACUCAGGUAGUCGCCACGACGCUUAUGCUGGAAAGGAGGCUGCCCCGCUGCCUUUGGCCUCGACUCGGAGUGUGCGGACUCAGCUACGGCCUGACGGAGCGCUGGUACCUCCGAGUCGAGGACAGGAACGACCCCAUGAUGCAGAAGAUGCGCCGAUACAUUAAAAUGUUCACCAAGGAAGACGAAAAGGAGGAAAAGGAAGGAUCGGAGAAGGCCAGCGAGAACCCAAAGCUCAGACCGAGAAACAGGAGAUCCGUUGCAGGAUGGAAGAUGAUUCGUGAAAGUGCUUUGGGCGCUGACGUGGAGAUGGAAGAACCCGAGGAUGAGCAAGACAUUCAAUUUGUCUAAGCAAAGCCAGUUUAAUGAAUGACUUCACAUUCUAUCCUUUUAGACUUGGUAGUGAAAUGGUGCUUUUUUUUUCUUGCAGUAUUACAUGGUAGUAAAUUGUCUUAUUUUUAUAGCAUCUGAACAUGUAGCAGAAAUAUAGGCUAAGAGAGAUUAAAGUGCUGCACAAACAUAUUUAUAUAACCAUAAAACUUUAUUGGGGCAUAAUUCUAAGCAUUUAAAAUCGCUACACGGCACAGACCAGCAUUUCCCACCCAGUGUGUCGUAACACAUUAGUGUGCUGUGAGUGGUCUUCUGCUGUCCCGCUGGAAAUAAUCAAAUUUCACGUUAUUGGUCAAGAUAUUAUUUAUUUACCACAAUUACUGUAUCUUGGCUGUGGCAUAUAAAGACAUACAAAACAAAUAAAUGUUGUUCUAUUAGAUGGCAGAAAGUGUAUAAUUGACUUGUGUGUCCACAGUUUUUGUGUGUGUCGUGAGAUUUUUUAAAUUUCAGAUAUGUGCCUUGGCUGAUAAAGGUUGUGAAUCACUGGAAUAGACAUGAACAAAAAUACAUUAUUUAUGGAAAAUAAAUUUUGAAUAACUUCCUCCUAUCACUGACGUAAUUUAAAAAAUCAAAAAAUAAUGCCGUUUUUUUAUUAUUGGUUUAAUUAAUUGUUGGUUUAAAAUGUUUGUGUUAAAUGAUUUUAGAACUGUUUCUAAAUAUUUAAAGUAGAUUAAACAUAAAUCCUCAAUAUAUUUAUUGGUGGAAUG